CUUUGGGUUUGGACCGGGCCGAGUGCGGGGGGGGCGGGGGGGUGAAGCCAGAGCUCUGCAUUCUCCUUGUAUGUGGUUCACGAUGGAGGCGGAUUCAGUGAUCGAAGAUAAAAGUAUUGAGCUGAUGUGUUCUGUGCCCAGGUCUUUGUGGCUAGGCUGCUCCAACCUGGUAGAGAGCAUGUGCGCACUGAGAUGCCUGCAGAGCAUGCCCAGUGUCAGAUGUCUCCAGAAUACAUCGGGUAUGGAGGAUCAGAAUGAAGAUGAGUCUCCAAAGAAGAAUACAGUAUGGCAGAUCACUAAUGGACCCCCUUCUAUGAUCGUCUCCAGAAAGCGACCCUCUGGGAACUACGAGAAAGAGAAGGAUUUGUGUAUUAAAUAUUUUGACCAGUGGUCUGAAUCCGAUCAGGUGGAGUUCGUGGAGCAUCUUAUAUCCCGGAUGUGCCAUUACCAGCAUGGGCAUAUCAACUCCUAUCUGAAGCCCAUGUUGCAACGGGACUUCAUCACUGCUCUACCAGCCCAAGGAUUGGAUCACAUAGCAGAGAACAUCCUGUCAUACCUGGAUGCAAAGUCACUGUGUGCUGCUGAGGUGGUGUGUAAAGAAUGGCAGCGGGUAAUUGGCGAGGGAAUGCUGUGGAAAAAGCUGAUUGAACGGAUGGUGCGCACGGACCCGUUGUGGCGGGGCCUCGCAGAGAGAAGGGGAUGGGAACAAUAUCUGUUUAAAAAUAGGCCUGCUGAUGGUCCGCCAAAUUCAUUUUACAGAGGGUUAUAUCCAAAGAUAAUCCAGGAUAUAGAGACCAUAGAAUCCAACUGGAGAUGUGGGAGACACAACCUUCAGAGAAUCCAGUGUCGAUCGGAGAAUAGCAAAGGAGUUUACUGUCUGCAGUAUGAUGAUGAGAAGAUAAUUAGUGGUCUCAGAGAUAACUCAAUCAAAAUUUGGGACAAACAGUCACUGGAGUGUUUGAAGAUACUGACGGGCCACACAGGCUCUGUGCUGUGCUUGCAAUACGAUGAGCAUGUAAUUGUUACUGGGUCUUCAGACUCUACAGUAAGGGUCUGGGAUGUUAAUACAGCAGAGGUCUUGAACACACUAAUUCAUCACAAUGAGGCAGUGCUGCAUCUUCGUUUUAGCAAUGGACUGAUGGUUACGUGUUCAAAGGACAGAUCUAUAGCUGUGUGGGACAUGGCCUCUCCGACUGACAUCACUCUGAGAAGGGUGUUGGUUGGCCAUCGGGCAGCGGUCAAUGUGGUAGACUUUGAUGACAAAUACAUUGUUUCAGCGUCAGGGGACCGGACGAUUAAAGUAUGGAGCACGAGUACUUGUGAAUUUGUGCGUACCUUGAACGGCCAUAAGCGUGGGAUAGCGUGCCUUCAGUAUCGGGACCGACUGGUUGUCAGUGGUUCCUCUGACAAUACCAUCAGGUUGUGGGACAUAGAAUGUGGUGCCUGUCUGAGGGUUUUAGAAGGCCAUGAGGAAUUAGUGCGAUGCAUUCGAUUUGACAACAAGAGGAUUGUGAGUGGAGCCUACGAUGGCAAAAUAAAAGUAUGGGACUUGCAAGCUGCUCUUGAUCCUCGAGCCCCUGCAAGUACUUUAUGCCUACGCACUUUGGUGGAACACUCUGGCCGGGUAUUUCGACUGCAGUUCGAUGAGUUUCAGAUCAUCAGUAGUUCCCAUGAUGAUACCAUACUGAUCUGGGAUUUCCUGAAUGUGCCAUCGAAUAACCAGAAUGAAACGCGCUCGCCAUCGAGGACAUACACCUAUGUCUCCAGAUAACGGAAUAUGUGGCCACUACCUGGAGCAGGGGCUGGAAUUACUACUGGAUAGUGGCUGCAUGAAGCCUGAAGAUGACUCUGCUCAAAGAGCCAUUUUUAGUUGUGGUGACCUGGUUUCUGUGGACGUGAACAGAUUGAAGCCAGCAAGCUAUCAGUACAGUACAUCAUGCCUUCCCCUCUCUCUGUCUCUUUACUCUUUUCCCCCUUCCUGUAUUUCCUUUCCUCAGAAGACUCUGAAAUGAGAUUUACAGCAGAACUUGCAUUUGAGGAGCCUGGCCGUCUACAAUACUCUGUACAGUCUCUGGUUCCCAAAGCUAAGUGUUUCAGAAAUGGAUUCUUCUAAAUGGACAAUGCUGCCACACCUUUGAGGAGGAGGAUUUGGCUCGUUCAAUAUCGCUUUGCACUUUUGCCCUAAGGAAAGGGGAUGAAGAAAUCAUUUGUUGGAAUGUUUGUUACUUUGUUUUGGUGCCAUAUUGUUGUAGGACAAUGAGCUGAAUUUCUCAAAGCUUCAGUAUGUAUUAAGAAGCAUCGUUUUGUCGGAAUUCGGGAAGAAGCUUCUCAUUUGGUUGCCUUUCUGUGUCUCGUUCAGAUUACAAAUGGAUGCACAUUCUUGACAAGGAAACAGUGCAUCAAAUGAAUUCCUAAAGUAUAAGCUUUUUGAAAAGGGGGUUUCUUUUCUUACACACGCACACACACACACACGCACACAUAUAUAAUAUAUAUGUAUUACUAACAGUAAAUAGUGUUAGCUGCUUCUAUACACAGAUUACAUGCAAUUCGAGCUGUGUCGAAUGUAGCUAGUUGUACAUAACAUUGUGUGUUGAUUGUAUAGUAACCUAUUUGAACCUUCUCAUGGGAUUUUUGUUUCCUUUUCGCAAAUGUUCUUGAACUAAUGGAGGGCUAUAUUGCACUAACUGUGAAAAGCAUGUAUUUAUGCAUAGGUUGCCGUACCCCUGCCUCUUUCUGAACCAGUGCCGCUACUGUGAUUUAAAGGAAAAUGCAUUUUAUUCCCCGACCAUGAACAUUAGUACCCUGCUUCUUUCAAAGAUUUCCCUUUUUUUAAAAACAAAAGCAUGACGGCCCUGUUGAAAUUUUAAUUUGAGAGUCAACAAAUCAGUUUUGAAUUCAAAAUUAUGUCAUAACCAGUCGUACUUGUUUCUCUCUCGCUUGUGCUCUCUCUGUCUCGCUCUCUCUUUCUCUUCCUCCCACCCCCCAACCAUCUCCUGUUUUCCCAAUUGUUAUAUGGUGCACUUCUUAGCCCAAGUAUUUGUCAAAGAAUUUUGUUUUUGUACGUACUCCAGUAUAUUUUCUUGUGUUUUACCCAGAUGUGGUCCUCUGCUACCUAUCUGCAAGACAAGCUUCAGUUAUUUAAAAAUGUUUCCUCCUGUUUCCCAUUGCCCUCAGAAAAUAACAUACAUAAUGAUUUACUGGAGCACACAUCUUGCAAAAGUGAAAGCUUUGUUUUAAGACAUCUCAACUAAUGUAAUUAUCUUUGCACAAGCAGUUACCUGUAAGUAUUGCCUCAAUGGUUUAUGUGUAUAUUGAAAACUGGCAACUAGGAUAUAACAUUGUCAUGGCCAAAGCUGAGAUUCUGUACUGUGUUUUAAUUUCCUCUAUCUCUCCCCUCGAAAGGGGAGCAGCUUCUUGUGUUUUAUCUGGUUAAGCCACAAAGUGUGCAGUCACACAGAGUUGGUGUCUUGUUUGUGUUUAGGUGUAUAUUUUGUAAUGCUUAAUUUAAAGACAUGUUUUUGAAGCCCUGUGCCCAGUUUGUUACUGCAGAGGAAUUUGUUCAGUUGUCAGCUGCAGAACCAUGUAGCAGAAAUGUGAGGAUCCGAGGAUUAAGGAGCUGUUUUGACAUUGGCUGUACUCAGCAAGUGUGUUUACUGCUUACAGCUGUGGACCCUGUUAAGGGACAGUACGAUCGAUGCUCUGGAAGCACUGGGAUGCAAUGAUUAUAUCAUGUAAUUAUGUUUGAAACCUCUGAACCCUGCCUACUUUCCAGUGGAAAUAAAUACAUGUGUCUCGACAGUUCAUAAAGACUGUUAUAAAUGUACAGAAAAUUGUUUAUCAGUUCAAGCUUUUAACGUGGAAUGUGCUUAAUAAAUUGCAGUUACAAAA